AAUGAUGGCGACUGCCGCUGAGGAAAUCAACCAGAUGUGCCCCACCACUGACAAUAACGCCACAUCAGUGUCUUUCAAAACUACCAGAAAAAAUCAGGAUAGACCAUGGAGGUUGAGGUUUAUUUAUCUUCAAUGCUAUUUUUUGUCUAUUGCAACUAUACUUGGGACAGGAAUUCUAGGUCUGCCGGUGACAAUAGCGCAAGCAGGACUGCUUCCCUUCCUCGUCUCGUUUAUUAUUGGCUUCUUCAUGCAGGCUCUGCUGAUAUACCUGUUUGUGGACCUGCUUCAGCGAUGCAGGGCUAGCCAGAUGGAAACAUUAAAGACCGCCGAGACGGAGCGGAUCCUAAUGGAGGAUGUCAGUCUGCAGGAUCCCUCUGCGGUGGGGCCAGAAGAGAUGGAGGAAGACGGGGAGGGAGAGGAGGCAGACACUGAGCUGCUGCACCGGGACAGCACCCCCCAGGAGCUUCAGCAGAGCCUGCAGCCCAAUCUCCACGGCCUGGGACUCCUCUUCCUCAGCAAGAACAUGAGCCGCGCCUUCAACUUCAUACUCCUCUUCCAGUUCAUUUCUAUUGGGAUCAGCUACGUCCUGGCCGGCAGUGAGGCAUAUGCCGCACUCUUUCACAUCAGUCACAUCUAUGUCAUCCCGGCCUUCACCUGGAUUCUGUCGCUGGGAAUCCUAUUGGCUCAAGUCAUCAUCCAGCCAAUCACGUCGCUGCUGACCCUGCUGAAAGGAACCCUUCUCAUCGUCACUGUGGCAGUGACAUUUGUGGUGGGUUCAGAGGUUCAGCUGGAGACCACGAAUGACUUCAGCCAAAUUGGAAAGCCCUUCCUGAUGGGGACCGUUGCACUAGGUGGGAUUGUCAAUGUAAUGCCGUUCCUCUUCUCCGAGAUCUCCCACAACAAGGCUCAGAUCCUAUGGUUCCGAAGAAUGAUCCUUGGAGGUCUGUCCACCUGCACGGUCCUAAAUGUAUUGUGGUGCUGGGCCGUGCUGGAGAUCGUUCCUCAGAUGUCUGUGCGUAGCGUGGAGGAAGGAGGAGGAGACUUCAACUCCAGCAGUGGUGUCUCAACGCAGACCCACAUCGCCGCACCGCCGGCACACACAUUAGUCUACUCCAACAUCUCUCUAGAGGGGUCUGAGAGGGCUGGGGAGAUUGCCACCAUACCGCUGACCAAGAUCAUCAUGCAGAAGUACCAGCGCUUCUUCUGGGUGGCAGACCUGAUUGAGAUCUUCAUCGCCAUCAGCAUCACCGUGUCCUUCCUAGUGAUGGGAUCAGCCAUGAAGCACACCAUUGAGGGUCUGGUGAGCUCCCAGUGGACCGUGAAGAUGGACUGGCUGUCGAAGCUGUGGAGCAAGUGGACGCCACCUCAGUGCCUGCAGAGGCAUAAUAGCAGAGGUUUAUCCAGCGGCUUUGCGUGUUUCCUGGCCUUCGGAGUCAUAUUCGUGGUGUCUGCUUGUGAUCCAAAGGGCUUCGUGGUGAUGCUGGACAAGGUGGUGUCCUUCUCCCUCAACACAGAGGUCGGCCUCUUCAUCUUCAUUAUGCUGAGGACAUCCAGGUCUGAGCGCUUCAAACACCUGAGCGUGCCGCUGCCCUGCGGCGACCUGGUCUUCCAGCUGACCUGGCUGCUGCCUCUCUAUUUCCUCUUCGCCGUGGGCUACGACGUCCUGCAGAGCGCCUUCGAGAUCGCCGGACGCCUCUCCGUCAUCUCGGCCAUGACGCCGGCGCCGGUGCCGCCUCUCACUCCCGCCACAACCCAGCUGCAGCUGACCCCGGCGCAGGGGGAGAGCGCCGCCGUGCUCCACCACGCUUAA